UAUCAACUCUUAAAUAGCUCUUCUUUCAAUUCAUUCAUGCAUUUAUUCUAUCUGCUGCAAUAUUAGUUUAUUUCUUACUUCGAAACCACAAUUCAAGAAAAUGCAAGGGAAAGAUAAAGGGUUUCUCUCUUCAUAUGGUGGGUAUAGUUGUCCUUCAUCGCCUCAAACUUACCCUCCACCACCAUUUCAAAGUUACCCUCCACAAGGGUAUCCACCACCUUCAUUUGGAGGGUAUCCACCCCAUGGAUAUCCUCCACCUUCUUAUCCCCAUCCCCCCGGCGGCCACCACGCUUUUCCGGCCAAUUAUUAUCACCACCACCAACCAGGAGGGCAUCUUGGGUAUGGGGCGUUAGCGGGAGGUGUUGCAGCAGCUGCCAGAUACGGGCAUCAUCACCACCUAGGGCACGGUGGCAGAUACUACGGGCACGGCAAGUUUGGGAAGCAUGGAAAGUUCAAGCUUGGAAAGUUUGGAAAGCAUGGCAAAUAUGGAAGAAUGCACUUUGGCAAAUUCAAGAAAUGGAAAUAGGUUAUCCAUGGCUGCAUGCAAAAUAAUAGAACUUAUCUCACGACUCGAAGUCGUUUUACCAAAAAAACAUCAAUUUAGUCGUUGUGCUAGUUACAUUUGUAAGGUGGAAACGGUCGGGGAGACGUGUUUGAUGAAACAUAAAACGUUCACGGACUAAAUUGAUGCAUUUUGUUGUAUGAAAACUAAAAAUAGUGUAUCCAUAAUGGAUGGACCUCCCAUGUACUUCAUUCAUAUACAGAUGAUGUAAUUGUUACUUCAAUAGCCAAGGUAGACGCCACAAGCAUAAUAAUGAAUCAACGUAGUCCAU